ACACCUGUUUUCUCUCUCUCUAAAAUUUUCCUUCCCUUUCUCGCUCUAGGAAAAAAAAACCUUAAUUUUCUUUCUCUCUGUAUAUAUGUAUAUGUAUAUAUAUAUAUUCUAUGAGCUGAAUCAGUAAAAUAAUAGUAUAUAAAAAAGAAGAAAAGGAAAAGUUCUGCUCUGUUCUACCUUGUUUUUCUUCAUUGUUUUUUGCUCUGAUCUUCGAGUUGUUGUGGUUUGUUGAUCAAUGAACAUGAUUUAGACUAAUCUGGACUAAAUCGGUGAAGAAGAUUUUUUUUUUUUUUUUAAAAGGUUGUUCGAUCAUGGCGGUCGUUGAGAAUGCUGGCUCGUCAAAUCGGACUGACUCCGAUGUUGAUCAAUCGAAGUCGAAUCAGACGGGGACACAGAACAUCAGCAGUAACCCUAUUUUGAGGUCAAAUGAUCAGAAUUUCCACAUGAUCGUUCAUCAGCAACAGAAGACAACACCAGCGAUUGCGAUGAACACUUCUCAGGUUAACGGUACUGGUAAUCAUAAGGCUGAGAUGAGUCUAGUUCAGCACGGAAUCAACGGGAAUGGUGUUCAGAGUCAUCCGAUGGUGGCGAACGGAGUCGAAUUGCGGAGAAAUGGUGAUGAUGGUGGUGAGGGUUUUAACCGCGAGAUGAGGGAUUUGGAGGAAAUGUUGUCUAAAUUGAAUCCCAUGGCUGAAGAAUUUGUGCCGCCUUCACUAGCUACCCACAUACCUCAACUUGGGUACACUGCCAAUUUUGUGAUGCAAACUAAUGGCAUUGCCAACGGAAACACUGCUAGACGGAAGAAGAAUAACUAUAGUAAUGGGAAGAGAAGGAUGAACAGCCGUACCAGUAUGGCACAGCGAGAAGAGGUGAUUAGGAGGACUGUAUAUGUAUCUGACAUUGAUCAUCAGGUUACUGAAGAACAACUUGCAGCUCUCUUUGUUAAUUGUGGACAGGUGGUCGACUGUCGUGUAUGUGGUGAUCCUAAUUCCGUUCUCCGUUUUGCCUUUAUUGAGUUCACCGAUGAGGAAGGUGCAAGGAAUGCUUUGAGUCUGUCAGGGACUAUGCUUGGAUAUUACCCAGUUAGGGUGCUGCCUUCAAAAACUGCAAUUGCACCUGUUAAUCCAACAUUUUUGCCAAGGUCUGAAGAUGAAAGAGAGAUGUGUGCAAGGACUAUUUAUUGUACAAACAUCGAUAAGAAGGUUACUCAAGCAGAUGUCAAACUCUUUUUUGAGACCAUUUGUGGAGAGGUUCAGCGCUUGAGGUUGCUUGGAGACUAUCAUCAUUCGACUCGUAUUGCUUUUGUUGAGUUUGUGGUGGCUGAGAGUGCAAUUGCUGCUUUGAACUGUAGUGGUGUGGUUUUGGGAUCACUGCCUAUAAGGGUAAGCCCGUCAAAGACACCUGUUAGGCCCCGUGCUCCUCGUGCAUUGAUGCACUGAGUUUCACUUCUUCUAAUCUGAUCUGCUGAUUUAUAUAUCUACCUUUUAUAUAUACAUAGUUAUGGACAUACUUGAGGUACUUGUGGCACUUAAGUUAUACCUUUUAUCCAUUGCGCAUCAUUGCCCAGUAUCUGUCGCCUAUAGAGAGCGUUGUCGUGGCUUGUUCUUGCAGCCUGUAGAGUUGGGAUGGAAUUUCGAGGCUAAUUUGGCUUUAAUUUAUGUUUGCUGCACAUUAUGUGGGAUUUCUGUAGGUUUUCUCUCAAUUUACUGAUAUUGUCCAGUUGUUUCUCUCUAACUCAUGAAGGAUUCUUCAAAGACUCAUUUUACUUGUUGAUUUC